UACCGAAUAAAUAAUUGAAAUAAAAUUCAUUCAGCAAUGUUUCCACCAUACAGCGGUAAUAAUGAAAAUGGAUCGCCUACUGAAGUGGAUAGCAAAAGUAACGAAGAAAGCCUUUUUAGUAUCCACAAAAAAAUCCAGCUUCACCUCCAAGGAGUCACAAACCUUACAAAAUCCGACGUAAGAAGAUUAGCAAUGAAGCUCGAAAGUUUCGCUUGCUCGUCUCCGGACCAAUUAAUCAUUUUAACGACCGCUCAAGACAUUUUGCUUAAGAUAUUUCAAAAUUUAAGCAAAAACGAGGAAACGCAGGUUUUGGCAUCCAGCCCUUUAAAAGCGCCACGUAAAAAACUGCUAGUGGUAAAAAGAUCAACUUUAAGCCCAUACAAUGUCCCAACACAUGAAGUUGGAAAUACGGCUUUUUCCUUUGUAUUUAGUCAGGGAUCAGAGUCUGUUGCAGCAUCACAAAAUAAUUUAAAUUUAACACUGCCGAACUCUCAAAAUCCAUGUUUCUCCCCUCCUAGAAAUACUUAUGAGCAAUCAGAAGUAAACAUGAAAAAUCCGUUGAUUAUGGAGAGUUCUGAAUCCUAUCAGAAUCAGGGUUUUAUUUCUUUCCCACAGAAUGAGCAACUCGGAUCAGAAACAAACAUGAAUAAUCCUCAGGCGAAGAAUAGCGACUUAGCACAGAAACAAAGCUUUAUGUUGCUGCCAUGCACUUUAAGCCAUCUAGGAUUUGAUGAAAGUUCAAAUUUAAAAGAUAAGUAUUUAGCUGUAAGUAAUUACGAAGAAAUAUCACAAAAGGAUUAUAAUGCUUUACCAUUAGAAGAUAAUGUACUGAACCUUCAGUUUAAUAGAGUUGAUAAUAAUAAUGAGGAGAUUAGUUUUCCUACAGAGCUGUUAACCAAUAAUAAUUUUCAAACCCCGUUAAGUGAUGGGGAGGAAAUAGAAGGGCAACAAUCCAUUAAAAAUUCCUCGAACAGCACAGAGAUCUUCGAAACUUUCGGCUAUAGUAUUCCCAAUUCAAAUAAAAUUAUUAGUAGUUUAAGUAGCUGUGAUUCUAUUGAAAUAAACACCGAAGCGAACACCUCUACAAAUGACAGUGUCCAUCUCCCAGCGUCUAGUGACAAUACUUUUGUAGCAGCCUCCAUUAUUAAUAAUGAUAGCUAUAUUGUUGAAGAAGCCAUAGCUAUCCCAUCCCAGCUUUCUCCUGACUUUCUUCAUCACGAAAAUCCCUUGAUCCGGUCAAAUGAAGGAGACAAACAAACCCAGGAGAAUUCUUUGUAUCCUGACUCAUCUUGGGAUAAAACUACUGUGAACUUAAACAAGUCCAUCGAACAACGUAAUAAUGAUGGCGAUGCAAGUGUUGAUAGUGAUCUAACUCAGAUUGUUGAAAACAUGGUUAUUGAUGAAGAACUCAAUUAUGAAAACGAUUUCCAAUCCCAUAACACAACUAGCUGUACUGAAAUGGUUGAGGUUACUCAAAACAACAGCACUAGUUUAAUAAAGUUUGAAAGACAGGAAAGUAAUUUGUCUGUUAUAGAAAAUACACCGCAAGCAAAAUAUCCAAGCUAUGCCAAACUACUUAAGAGCAUUCCGCCUCAAAAUCAUGACGCUGUGUCAGAUAUGGUGAUUGAUGAAACAGAAUAUCAUACACUAAGCAAACAUGAUUCUAUUGAGCAGCUAAAUAAACUCUGUUAUGAUUUAAAUCUAGGUUUAUCGGCUAACGAAACUAAUAAGGCUUCUGAUAAUCUUUCAAAAAAUAAUAAUAACAAAAUUUGGUGCAAAUCCCAAUCAUUUAGUUUACUAGAUAUUCAGUCUCUUAGAAAUGUAACUAAUACAGUAUGCAGUGAAGUUGAGGCUAUAAAACCUAUUACAGAAGAAGAUACUGCUAUGGAUAAAAAGACCGAAACUGAAAAUAUGAUACUCAUAGAUGGUGCCUUAGUUCAAAAUGAUCAGAGUGAUGAAAAUGACACUGAUGAAAGUUUUGCUAAAAAGCAAGAAUUAAAAGCUGAUAAAAUAGUCGAAAUACGUGCAAAAUAUACCGACAUGUGGAACGCCAUGCCUUUGUCGGAACGGGUUUCGAAAAGGUUUGUCGAAAAAUUUCAAAUUAGAAUUCUAGAGGAUCCCGUAGAUAGUUUGCUUGAUAUUAAUUAUAGGCCGAAUUUAAAUAGUUUUUACUUUCCAAGAGUCAGCCAAAAGGAAUUGUUAUGUAACCUUAAAGAAUCAAACGAUUUAUCUGUUCAGCUUUCCACAAUUUUGAGUACCGUUUCAGCAAAUAUGCUACAAAGAGAUCAUAUAAAAAAUAUGAAAGUUGCAGCAGUUGCUGAUAAAAAAAUAAGUUCACAAACCAGUAUUGAACAUUUUGACAUGGCAGUGAAAAAGUAUGAGGAGGGGAAUGAAGAAGAUAAUCAAUUAGAUACAAGUUCAACAUCGUCAGAACAUUCUCCGAAUCAUCAGUGGGUCAAAGCCUAUUUGAACAAAGCUAAAACAGACAUUUGGAAGAAUCUUCAAAACGAAGAACUACCGAUUGAAAGGUUAAGAUGGAACGAGGAUCUGAACGAAGGAGAGACAUCAGAGCCAGAUCUGACUGAAGAUGAGCGUUUCGAAAAUAUGUGCCGCCAGAUCGGCACAGCGGAUUGGUUAAAUGUAAAACCAGAUGAUUUAUAAAUAUUUUAUUAAAUUAGUAAUUAUAUAGUUAGAUUGCCCUUGAAAAAAUGUGUUUCAGAUCAGAUUAUCGGGCCUAUUGGGGAAUCCAGUACUUUUUGAUAUUUCAUGUUUUUAU